AUGACCGCCUUCCACCUGUUCCCCCGUCUUCCCUUCGAGCUUCGCGCUCAAAUCUGGCAGCUGACAGUCGAGCCGCGGACGGUCGAGGUCCGCGUGAAGAAAGACAACGGAUUAUGGGGCCAGACUCUGCAUGUCACCUCGUCGACACCGGCGCCUGCGGUUCUUCAGGUCUGCUAUGAAGUUCGAAACCAGGGCCUGUACCAACCGGCCUUCAAGUUCCUCAUGAGGCUGAGCCGCGAUGGCCUGAUGGCAUGGCACGACGCCUGGGAAUAUGUCUAUUGGCCGUGUCCAAAAGAGAACCUGAGGUUCAUUGACAAGGAGACGGGGCAGAUUGCGUUGGGCGAGGAUCUGGAUAGUAUGGAUGAUUCUAUCCACAAUGCCGCAUACACACUGAAAGACUCUGAGGCUUCCAGGAAGGACAUUGGUGAGGAGUAUGGUAUUGAGGAAUCACGGGUCAAGUUUGGGAGGAGGCUCAUUUGUACGCAUGAAUUUAUCUACUAA